AUGGACACCGCCGAAAUCGAGGUUCUCCUCGAGAAAUCCAUGCAAUGCGUCAGGAAGACAUUAAAAACCUGGGGACUUCCAGCACCGGGAGAGAGCCUCGGACUCGGGGUUCGUGCACAACUGGACCUCGAGGACCUCCGUGGGCCGCAAACAGCCAUGAUCAAAGCCGUCGACUACCUAUCCGACCUUCUAAUACCAUCCAGCCAGUAUGACAGCAUGGGGAUGGGAAAAGGCUCAUGGUGCAUGUUCUUGACACAAGCGGGUCCUGUGAACUUCUUCUUCAACUGCCUACCCGACCCCGAGGCACAUGAGAAGGGUUUGUUGAAGGGAGGUAUGGAAAAGAAGUAUAGCCUCGCCCAAGAAGUUUUGGACUUUCUUGUUGUUGUCAUUGGAAAGGACGGAAUGAGAGCCAUUUGGGGAGGUUCACUCCUCAAUGGACUCCUCUCAAUCCGCAAACGCGCUUGUUGUCCGGACGUGUCAAACAACGCUGCGAUCAAGUACCGAGUCUGGCAAGAUGGUCUAUUCCAUCUCGCGCUGGAAACGUGCGACAAAUCGCACCUUCAGGGGGACACCUCUUCUUAUACGAAACGACUCCUGCAAUACUUUCUCUGGGUGGUCCAAGGCCGAAAGGACUUGACCUGCCCGGUCCAAAAGCCUUGGCCUUCUCGCAUCCCCGCUGAACUCAACCUAGUCGCUCAGCCUGAUUUGGCCAGUUUAUUUUCCAGCGACACUUCAGCAAGCCCCGGAGAAUUUCACAAAGAGAAGCAAGAUCUCUUCCGCCGGGUCCGCUUGUUCCAGGAUUGUUUCUUACAGUAUUUAAUCUCACUCCUAGCCACGCAGCAGCCAACAGAAAUGGUGGUGUCGGAAACACACGGAGUGAUAAGGCGGAAUGACCCGUCGCGGGAUGUGUGGGAUUCCAUAAACGUGGACUUUUCUUGGGAAUCGCAUCUUCAAUUUCCUCAAGUGCAGGCCGUCCUGCAUAGCUUGCACUGUUGUGCAAUUCAAGACCGAGCGCGAGCAUUGUUGGAGUAUUUCAUACGCCCUGCCUGUCACUCCAUACUUCUCAUGCACGUCAUCCCGAAGAAUGCCGAGACCACGGUGGAAGACGAGUCCCGUUACUUCAACAUGGCACCAGCGCACACGGUCGGUCUUCUCACCAUAGCGCCCGGGCUCCUCUUCAUCUUCGACCCGACUGCAGCCCAGUUCGGAUGGAAAGAGAACCUUGCUCCCUACGAUGCCUACGCACGCCAGCGCAUUGACUGGAUUGUCAAAUACGAAGUGUGCGAGCCUCUGAAUGGUCCGUGCAUUCCCACAAUUCGCACCCGAAGACCCUCAGAAGACUAUAGAGAAGGAUGGGACGCGAAGUGUAUUGCUGAGGAGAUAGUGACCCUCGUGGAAGCCAAUUUGGCAGAAAAGGGCGGCCUCAGCGGUAUUCUUGAGCUCUCGGAAACUGAGUUCGAGGAGCAGCGCCUGGCACUGAAGGAAGCUCUCAGAGAGUCUAUGCCACGUCCGGUCGUCACAGGGGAUUUUACCCGGAGAGCUGCAAGGGAUCUUCAAUGA